AGGGGAGAAUCUUGUUGUUGUUUGGCUUUCCCCUCCCCCCACCCUCCCUUCGCUUCGUCUUCCUCUUCCUGGUUCAAGGAUGGUCGCUGCGCUCCUUGGAGCUGCUCAGGAGCUCGUUUCUUCUGCCAGCCUCGCCGCCGCCGCCGCCGCCGCCGGGCCCAGAAGGGGAAACCGGGGAGGAGCCCCAAGGAGCUGAUUCCAAUCCUCUCAGAGAUUAAACACUGCUAGUGAAACAUAAAAAUGAGUGGCCGUCGAAAGCGUGCUCCUCCAUCGAGGAUGAAUGAUGAGAAAAAGAAGCAGCUCUGCUGGAAUAUGCAUGAUGACCGUAAAAAUGAAGUGAUGGAUUUGGAUGCAGUGGAGGAAGACCAACCUCUUGCAGGUACAAGCUCAUCUUCUACAGCACAUGUUGUUAGAAAUGAUGAUAGCACUGAUGAAGUUUCAACGCUCAAAGUAAACAACCUAAAAUCAUUGAGCUUCUCAACCAUUUUGGAUGAAGCAGAAGAUUCCUGCCAUCUCUUGACUUCCAUAUCCAUACAGCUAAAUGUUGUGAUAUUUCCUUAUAUUUCUGAUUCUAACUGGAAAGCCUUGCUUGGAGAGUUCAUUCUGCAACCUCUUCCUGGUCAACAACUAAGUGAGAAUGUCCAUAAAAAGAGUUUUACAUUGAUGAGAGCAGAACCUAGUGAUCAUUUGCGUAUCUGUAUUCAUGCAAAAGAACGUGAGAAGGUGGAUGAGAGGGAAGAAUCAUUACAGAACACUUACCAAGAAGACGUGUUAGUUGAAUCAUCUUUAAGUAAUGAAAUGUUAGAAGACUUGAUGUGGCUGCAAAAGAAGAGAGUAAUUGUACUUUGUCAAAGAUCCGGAGAUGGCCAGUGCUUAAAGGUUGGAAUGUAUCUUCUUGAAGUUGGCUUAAGCAAGCUAGAAUUCCUUAGUGAUGGUGGUGGCAGAAUAAAAAAAGCUAAUCAACUUAUUCAAAAACUGAUGGAAAAAUUCUACCACUUCAUAAUUCCAGAUAUUCUGGAGGAAGAUGAGGAGGAAUCCGAUAGAGAUAUAGAGCGGCAAAAUAUUGAAGAGCUUUAUGACUAUGUGAGGCAUACACACCAAAAAGAAAUUCAGUUUUUGAAGGAGAACGUACAGCACUCUGCACUAAUUCCUGUAUUGAGGCCAUACCAAACUGAGGCUGUAAACUGGAUGCUGCAACGUGAGAACUUCAAAAAUGUACCAACCAAUGAAAAUGCACUCCACUUCUUAUGGAGAGAGUUUAUUACUUUAGAUGGACUAAAACUGUACUAUAAUCCUUUUACUGGCUGCAUUAUUCGUGAACGCCCAGUUGCUGGGCCUCAGUGGCCUGGAGGAAUAUUGGCAGAUGAGAUGGGCCUUGGAAAAACAGUAGAAGUAUUGUCCCUUAUCUUAACACACACUCGAAAGGAUGUUAAACAGGAUGCUCUGAUGUUACCUGAGGGUUUUUUGGUAAACUUCUUUGUUCCGCCUCAACCUAGUGAAGGAAGCAAAAAGAAAAGCAUAAAGAAAAUGGAACUUAAAUUGAAGGAAAAAGUGCACUAUCCUAGUUUGCGAGUGAUGCUCUUAACAGCUAUAAAAGAAAUGAAUGUGAAGAAGGGAGCAUCUAUUGUGGCAAUUUUUAAGUAUGUCCAUGCCAUAUACAAGUAUGACACACACAGAAACCGUCGCAUUCUUAAAAGGACUCUGGAAAAAUUAAUUGCAGAGAAGGUAGUGGAACAGGUCAAAGGUCAUGGUCUUGCUGGUUCUUUCAAGCUGGGCAGAAACUACAAGGAACAGAAAUUUUGUAAUAAAUUCAAAAAAGAGAAAAUAAAAACUUCAGCUAGGGUUCAGAAGAAAAAUUCACCAGAAAAUAAGAAUGAAACCAAAGAAUUGGGAGAUGAGGGCACGUGCUAUCCAAAUGGUCUUAAACUAUCUCAGGCAGUAGACAUCACAGCAGAAGAGCAUGAUUACUGUACAAGAAGCAAAGAUAAUACAAAAUCAGAAAUGGAUCCUAAGGGCUGGAUAAUGCAAGAAGAUUCUCUGCAUAGAACUUCUGACUUGCAAGAAAAUAGGCCUAUUUCAAAAAACAAAACGUAUUCUACUGACAUUUCUAAAAAAGAUGAUGAAGCUGAAGAGCAGCAAGACAACUCAGAAGGCCAGUCUCCAGCCUCUCAAGAACACACUAGCAUUUUUGUACCACAUCCUGGUUCUAUUUUUCCAUUCAAUACCUCUGAUUAUCGCUUUGAAUGCAUAUGUGGUGAGCUUGGCUUGGUUGACUAUAAGGCCCGUGUGCAGUGCCUGAACUGCCACCUGUGGCAACAUGCUGAGUGUGUGAACUACAAAGAAGAAAAUCUAAAGAUCAAGCCCUUUUACUGUCCCCAUUGCCUUGUAGCAAUGAAACCAGUUCCAACAGGAGCUACUCUGAUAAUCUCUCCAAGUUCUAUCUGCCACCAGUGGGUUGAUGAGAUUAACAGGCACGUGAGAUCAUCUUCUCUUCGAGUGUUGGUUUAUCAAGGAGUGAAGAAGCAUGGUUUCUUGCAGCCUCACAUCUUGGCAGAGCAGGAAGUAGUGAUCACCACAUAUGAUGUCCUUCGUAGUGAACUGAACUAUGUGGACAUUCCUCACAGUAAUAGUGAAGAUGGACGCCGUUUCAGGAACCAGAAGCGUUAUAUGGCUAUCCCAAGUCCCUUGGUAGCUGUGGAGUGGUGGAGAAUUUGCCUGGAUGAAGCACAGAUGGUAGAAUGCACCACUGCAAAGGCUGCAGAAAUGGCUCUCCGUUUGAGUGGAAUCAAUCGCUGGUGUGUCAGUGGCACACCAGUGCAACGAGGAUUGGAAGAUUUAUAUGGAUUAGUACUGUUCCUUGGAGCUGAUCCUUACUGGGUCAAAUAUUGGUGGGAUCAGCUUCUGUAUCGACCAUACUGCAGGAAAAACACACAGCCUCUCUACAACUUCAUAGCCAAGAUAAUGUGGAGGUCAGCAAAGAAGGACGUGAUUGACCAAAUUCAGAUCCCUGCUCAGACAGAAGAUACACACUGGCUCUAUUUUUCUCCUGUGGAGAGACACUUUUAUCAUCGCCAACAUGAGGUCUGCUGCCAGGAUGCUCUGGCAAAACUCAGGAAGAUUUCUGAUUGGUCCCUCAAGCUUAGCAGCUUGGAUCGGAGGACUGUUGCUUCCAUUCUGUACCCUUUGUUGCGCUUGAGGCAAGCCUGCUGUCACCCGCAAGCUGUCCGUGGAGAAUUCCUCCCACUGCAGAAAAGCACAAUGACAAUGGAAGAGCUUCUAACAUCACUACAGAAAAAAUGUCGAACAGAAUGUGAGGAAGUCCAUAGGCAAUUGGUGUGUGCUUUGAAUGGAUUAGCUGGUAUUCAUAUUAUUAAAGGUGAAUAUGCAUUGGCAGCAGAUAUGUAUAGAGAGGUGCUGCGUUCCUCUGAAGAGCACAAAGAGAAGCUCAAAACAGAUUCAUUGCAAAGACUUCAUUCUACGCACAACUUGAUGGAGCUUCUGGCAGGAGAGCAUCCUGGGAUAUCACCCACUUUGCGCGAUAGCAGGCUUCAAGAAGAGUGUGAGCAACUCCGUCAACAUUAUAUGAGCAAAUCAAAUGCAGAAGUUUCUGAAGCCCACCAGGCUUUGCAACCAGUGCUACAGACAAUCCAUGAACUCCAGAAGAAAAUGCGCUCCAAUUCACCUUGGUGGUUGGAUGUGAUCCAGUCAGCAAUACAAUAUGCUAUUGAUGAGGAGCUUGUUCAACGGGUGCAAAAUGAUCUUACUAGCAACUACAAACAACAAACUAAUAAACUCUCUAUGGCAGACAAAUUCCGUGACUGCAGAGGCCUUCAGUACCUGCUCACAACUCAAAUGGAAGAAGUGAAGAAAUUCCAGAAACGUGUGAGAGAGGCUGUGAAAAAACUGGAGGGCCCUCCUUCCAAAGAGGUUAUCGAGGCUGCCACUAUCUGCCAUCUGCGCCCUGUGAGGUUGCCCCUAAACAACUGUGUCUUCUGUAAGGCCGAUGAAUUGUUCACAGAAUAUGAGUCAAAGCUCUUCUCCCAUACUGUAAAGGGACAGAUGGCAAUCUUUGAAGAAAUGAUAGAAGAUGAAGACGGUCUGGUUGAUGACCGCUUACCUACCACAAGCAGAGGUCUCUGGGCAGCAAGUGAAACUGAGCGCUCUUUGAAAGCUAUACUGUCCUUUGCCAAAGCUCAUCGAAUAGAUGCCAAGGCAAUUGAAGAGGGCAGCAUCUUCUUGGAACUUUUUGAAGCAUGGAAAAAGGAAUAUAAGCUGCUUCAUGAAUAUUGGAUGGUCCUCCGAGAUCACGUGUCUGCCAUUGAUGAGCUUGCCAUGGCUACAGAACGGUUUAGAGUGCGUCAUCCGGAAGAGCCAAAACCCAACCACCCUGUUCUUCACAUAAUUGAGCCGCAUGAGGUAGAACAAAAUCGAGUGAAACUCCUGAACGACAAAGCAGUUGCCAAAUCACAGCUUCAGAAGAAACUGGGCCAGCUCCUCUACCUCACUAAUUUGGAAAAGUCUCAGGAUAAAACAACUGGAGGAGUAAAUCCAGAGCCAUGUCCAAUUUGUGCACGGCAACUGGGAAAACAGUGGGCAGUGUUGACAUGUGGACAUUGCUUCUGCAAUGAGUGUAUAGCUAUUAUUAUAGAACAGUACAGUGUUGGCACCCGCAGAAGUUCAAUCAAGUGUGCCAUCUGCAGACAAACAACAUCACAUAAAGAAAUCUCCUAUGUCUUCACUGCAGAGGCAGCAAACCAAGAAGAUGAUAUACCUGUGAAGGGAAGUCACUCCACCAAAGUGGAAGCUGUGGUCAGGACUCUAAAGAAAAUCCAGUUCAAAGAUCCAGGAGCCAAAUCCCUAGUUUUCUCAACGUGGCAAGAUGUACUCGAUAUUAUUGCAAAAGCGCUAUAUGAUAAUAGCAUGGAGUUUGCUCAAAUCAAUGGAAUUAACAAAUUUCAGGAAAAUCUAUCUGCAUUUAAGUAUGAUCCCAAGAUCAACAUAUUGUUAUUGCCUCUCCAUACUGGCUCGAAUGGAUUGAAUAUUAUUGAGGCAACACAUGUCCUCCUAGUAGAACCUAUCUUGAAUCCAGCACAUGAGCUACAGGCCAUUGGCAGAGUGCAUCGCAUUGGGCAAACUAAGCCCACAAUUGUUCAUAGAUUCUUAAUCAAAGCAACAAUUGAAGAAAGAAUGCAGACAAUGCUGAAAACUGUAGAAAGGAGCCACUCUAGUUCUUCCAUGAAGCAGUCGGAGGCCUCUGUGUUAACAGUAGCUGAUCUCGCAGACCUUUUCUCAGCAGAAACUGAAGAACUUGAAUGAAGCAAUGGAUUUCAUGCUCUUUUGAGACCAGAAGAGGGCCAUAACCUACUUGUUUUCUAAGCAACACAACACAAAUAGCUAACUGUUCAGAGGUUCCUGUAGAUGUCACUAAACACCCACCCUUAUUAGGCUUCCAUGAACUGAUAAGUCUUUUUAACAGUUUCCACUAAGUUAUGUGGUUGUGGAUUUCUCCAGCACAUUUCUGUUAAGAAGAAAACUUGCACUUUACACAAGCACUACAUUAAGUAUAGCUUUGCACUUCCAAAGAACAUGAACACCCCAGUCCAGCUUUUGUUUUGUGAUUAUUAUUUUUUAAUGUAUGACUAGUUGUGCCAGAAAACAGAUGGGGAUUCACAUACCAUUGAAAGCAAGGAGUAUGGGUAGAUAGUAUCCAUACUCAGAUGUACAUCUGAGUUAUCCCUGACAUUCCUAAACCGACAUGAGACUUGUUUGCUCAAGGUGUUUGACUAGACAUUGAGGAAAGAAAGCUUUGCAUGGCAGAAAAGAGUGUGAAAAUCAUGAAGCAAGUCUUUUGCCUUCAUUUUAUUCCUAGAAUUAAUUACUAAAAUAAGUUAGUGAGUAAGCAAAUCUUUUUUCAGAAAGGGCUUCUAGCGGUGCUGACCUAUUAUCAUGCAAGUUUUACCAGUUAAUCCUAGCUACUAAUUUUUAGACACCACUUUGGCAUUUGUAAUCAUUUUCUAGUUAUUUAUGCUGUGAUAUUAUGUUAUAGAAAUCUGAAAAUAAUUUGCUUGUUUAUAUUUAAACGUUUGCUGUUAAUGUCUGCUCUUCUCUUGAUAAAUUAUGUCUUUUGUAUGAUCUUUUGUCUUGAAAUAAUAGCUGAAAACAUCUGUUUGAUAGAUUUUUAAACGUUCUUACAUUCUUGUUUAAAUUUUGGAUUCUUGUAUCCUAUUAAACUGGUAAAGCUUC